AUUUUACGAAGAUAUGAAAUUAAGAGAAUCCUCAUAAACAGAAGUACUGUAGUCUGUGUUUAUGGGACUUUGUAUGACAAAGUGAAGGCUACAGUCCCAUAAAGAACACUUUACGAGCUGACCCCAAUUUCAUCAAUGACAGUCAUAAGCGUAAAUGUGCAUAAGAUGAGUUGUGCUCCAUUACUGAGACGUCAUCAGUAUUAAGUGCUUUUCAUCUUUUCAUCUUUACUAAUAUCCUAGGUGUGUUGCUACUUUGUGUUUUAUUUAACUGUUCUAUUAAAUUUCAUUAAACCACGAUGAUGGUAAUGCAAAAUAGGAGGUCAGGAGAUGCAAUUAUAGGGUCUUAGUGCAGAUAAAAGUAACCAAGCCCACUGAUGUAGGUAUAAAAAAGGUGACUUUCUGUAGUGUGCUCAGAGAGACUCAUCUGGCUUGUUCUGCUUACAGUCCAUAUACCACAGAUCCCAUCAGUCUUCAAAGAUGUCUCAUCACUCCGGACACGGCAGCCACGGGCACAGGAGUUUCAGUUCAUCCUCGGCUUGCUUACCACCUGUGAGCAAACAUGGUUCCAUUAGCUCCCUCACUAACAAGAAAGUGUCUAUUGGCCACAAAGUGCACCCUUCAUUUAGCAGCAAAAGCGUCUACAGUGUUGUGUCUGGUGGACAUAAGGUGUCAUCUGGCAUGAAGAGUGGACAUGGAUAUAGUUUGUCUGGAAUUGGACAUGGGUUGAGUGGAGCCAGCUAUGGAUUCGGAGGAUCAUUUUGUCCUCCUGGUAUCACCCAAGUAACUGUGAACCAAAGUCUUCUGGCCCCUCUCUGCCUAGAGAUAGACCCAAACAUCCAGAAAGUCAGAAUUGAUGAGAAAGACCAGAUCAAAGGUCUGAAUAACAAGUUUGCCUCCUUCAUAGACAAAGUGAGGUUUUUGGAGCAGCAGAAUAAGAUGCUGGAGACAAAGUGGUCUCUAUUGCAAGACAAAAAACCAGCCAAAAGCCAUAUUGAGCCCCUCUUUGAGGUAUACAUUAGUAACCUCAGGAAGCAGCUAGAGAGUCUGGGGAGUGAGAGGGUUCGUCUUGAAGCAGAAAGAAGGAACAUGGAGGAUGCAGUAGAGGAGUUCAAGAAAAAAUAUGAAGAUGAGAUUAACAGACGCACAGCUGCUGAGAACGAGUUUGUGGGACUGAAGAGAGAUGUUGACGCUGCUUUCAUCAACAAAGCUGAACUACAAACUAAAGUGGACUCCCUGACUGAUGAGAUUAACUUCCUGCGCACCCUGUUUGAUGCGGAAAUUGCUCAGCUCCAGGCUCAGAUCUCAGAUAUCUCCGUCAUUGUGUCAAUGGACAACAGCCGAGAACUGGACAUGGACAGUAUCAUAGCUGAAGUUAAAGCUCAGUAUGAAGAGGUUGCUAACAGGAGCCGAGCUGAGGCUGAGGCAAUGUACCAAUCAAGGUAUGAGGAACUGCGCUUGACAGCUGGAAGGCAUUGUGAUGAUCUGAGGAACACUAAGCAUGAAAUUACUGAACUCACGCGCUUGAUACAAAGACUGAAGAGUGAAAUAGAGAAUGUGAAGGCCCAGCGAGCUAAGCUGGAAGCCGCCAUAGCACAGGCUGAAGAACGCGGAGAAGCAGCUGUCAAGGAUGCCAAGCAUAAACUGGCUGAACUGGAGGCAGCUCUUCAGAAGGCUAAGCAGGACAUGGCUCUCCAGUUGCGAGAAUACCAGGAACUGAUGAAUGUUAAACUGGCUUUGGACAUUGAGAUCGCCACCUACAGGAAACUAUUGGAAGGAGAAGAGGGCCGGCUGGUUGGAGAAGGACAGGGAUCUGUUAGUAUCUCUGUGGUCAGCAGCAGCACGGGACACAGCACAAGUGGCCAACAUCACCAUACAGGAGGAUUCAGCUCCGGCAGCCUUUCCAAGGGGAAGCACGGACACCAUGCAUAUAAUUGUUAAGUGUAGGACAUCCUGAGCCGGCUGCACUUACAAAAUUCAGCAUCACUUAUAUUUGCACUGUUAUGAGUAUGAUCAUUCUGGGUUGUGCUCUCUGGAACCAAGUUAAAUGCAGCCAAUGUUUUUUUUCCCAUGUCUGUAAUCCUCCUGUGUUCUACACAUUUGUGUUUUUGGUUUUUGCAAGUGGGAUGUUUAUUUGUUAAAGCUUCAUUUUAUUACCUACUUUCUGUAUUGUAGCCAUCUAUACACAUUUACAUCUUUUCAUGUCCCAUAAUAAAGUGUUCG